AUGGACAGACCUGUGAUGGAUCCUCGUGGCUCUUCUCUGCCACCCCCACCCCCACCUCUGCAGCCAUCUCAGCCAUCCUCAGAUUAUCCACCAGCCUUGCGACAAGAGCGCUCUCGUGAUCGCUCUUUUUCGCCUCGUCGCCCUUCUUCGCGUUAUGAUGACCGUCGUUACAGCCGAGACGAUGACCGUUACGGCCAUCAUUCCAGUGGAAGCCGUGGUGAUGAUCGAGGAUAUUACAGACGUGACUACUAUGACCGUGGUAGCUACAGAGAUGAACGUGAUUACCCUCGGUCAGACCGCUAUGAUCGCGGAGGAAGUGGAUAUUAUGACCGCUACGAUCGUUACGAUGAUCGCCGUGGUUAUCGUUCCAGCCCACCUCCAAGACCUAGACAAUCCAGAAGACCUGUUGACAGAGGAAGUGCAGAAGACAGAAAGUCUUCAUCCACCUUGUUUGUUGGAAACCUUCCUUACGCCUAUCAAGAGCGUGAUGUUGCUGCCAUGUUUGAGCGUUAUGGUCGCUUAGCUAAGGUCACUGUUCCUAUGGAUGUAUUGACUAACAAGAACAAAGGUUUUUCUUUUGUGGAGUUUGAGGAUCGUAGAGAUGCCGAAGAUGCGUUUGAUAAGUUCCAAGGUUUUAGUGUAGAAGGCCGCCGCCUUAAGCUUGACUGGGAUAUUGGAUUGAACAAGAAGGAUAAUUAUCGUGCACCUCGUUACGGAGGCGCUCCCUCAGGCGCUAGUGGUGACGAACCUCCUCUUGAUGAUGAGCCUCCACGUGAACGCAUUGCCAGUCCUUCUCUGCCUCCUACAGAUUCUUAUGCCCACCAACCACCUAUGGAAUCGCGUGCUUAUAGACGUGGCUCUCCUGAUGCCUACCGUCGAUUUGUUGAUGCAGUACUCCUAGUGGACAACCCCCACACUCACACUCACACACAAAAAAAUGAGAGGACACAACAGCUAUUUGAAGAUGAAUUAUGA